AUGUGGGGCAAGGUAAUGAUUAUAUGGUACGCUUACAUAAUUUCAACCGGCUUUGCUAGACACCUUUCACAUGCUGCAUUAGGUAAUUUUGUUCAACAGCAAAAGACUUCUUUCGAUUGGGAUGAUGCCUAUCAAGGAAAAUCGAACGCUUUAGUAGGGCCUGCUUCACAACAGCAAAAGACUUCUUUCGAUUGGGAUGAUGCCUAUCAAGGAAAAUCGAACGCUUUAGUAGGGCCUGCUUCACAACAGCAAAAGACUUCUUUCGAUUGGGAUGAUGCCUAUCAAGGAAAAUCGAACGCUUUAGUAGGGCCUGCUUCACAACAGCAAAAGACUUCUUUCGAUUGGGAUGAUGCCUAUCAAGGAAAAUCGAACGCUUUCGUAGGGCCUGUUUCACAACAGCAAAAGACUUCUUUCAAUUGGGACGAUGCCUAUCAAGCAAAAUCGAAUGAUUGGGCAGGCACUUCACUGCAACAGCAAAAGAACUCUUUCGAUUGGGACGAUGCGUAUGAAGCAAAAUCGAGUAAUUGGAUCAGUACUUCUAUGCAACAGCAAAAGACCUCUUUCGAUUGGGACGAUGCAUAUGAGGCAAAAUCUAAUGAUUGGAUUAGAAGUGCUUGA